AGAGAAGCACAACUGAUCGGACAGGCAAGCACACCUGAUCGGACAGGCAAGCACAACUGAUCGGACACACAAGCGCAUCUGAUCGGACAUACAAGCGCAACUGAUCAGACACGCAAGCACAACGCGGAUAUGGCAUCGCAUCUGAUAGAGGGAUGCACUUCCAUGUGUGCUGCCUACGGCGGAGUCCGUGGGUGGUGUAACAAGGGCGACAGAUACGGGCACAAGUCGCUGAUGACCUGCUGCUGCUGCGAAUACGCGCUCAAGUGCAUUCAGUGCUCAGUAGCUUGCGUGGUGUGCCACAACGUGUGCUGGCUCUGCUGUUCCAACGUGUGCUGCGAGUCGCGCGCCAACACGUAUCUGGCCACAAAGCUGCCGCUGGCUGCUGUCGUCCCGCUGCUCCGCACUGGCGAUAUCAUCCUGUUCUCGUCGGACAACAUCGUGUCCAAGAUCGGGACAAACUCGCGCUGGACCCACGUCAACAUGAUUUACAGGCCCAAUCUCCGCUCCGAGCCGUACUGCUUCGAGGUCACACUCCAUCGCUGGCUGCCUACCCGUCACAAGGGCGGCGCUCAGCUGGUCCCGUUUAUGGAGAAAAUCGAGACCUAUGAUGUCGGCGGCCGCUUUGCCUGGCGCAGACUCCGCCACUUUCGCUUCACCCGCAAGCGCAAGCGCAUCCUGCGCGCCUUCUUUGAUGAGGUCGAGGACAAGCCGUACCAAGUCGACAUGGCCGAGAUGAUGUACGCCGGCUUUGGCAUGGGCAACGAGCACGACACCCUCGAGUCCAUGUUCUGCUCAGAGGCCAUCGCGGAAGCAUACAAGCGUCUCGGCCUCCUCCCGGCCGACAUCCCGUCCAACCGCUACACCCCCGCAGACUUUGGCACCGAACACCGCGCCGGCCAACACCUCAAUCUGCUCGGCGGCGCCCGCCUCGCCCCCGAAGUCGAAAUCCUUCGCAAAGAAGACAUCGACCUCAUCGAGGCCGCAGAGACCCGCCGCCACCACCUCAACGCCAUGUUUAUGGCUACCCCAGGCACCCGCGACCGCUUCUCAGUCUACACGGCCUCGCUCGUCAUGAACCCGGCCGUCCUCAUUGCCCUGCCCUUUGUCUCCUACCGCGCCAUCGCCAAUGGUGAGCUCUCGUCGGAGGACUUCUCCACAGGAUCGUUCAUCACGGGCAAGGUUCCGGCCGGCCGUGACCACUCUCGCCGCGGCCGCAAGACGUCGCGCUCCCACUCGGCCUCGUCGCUCACUGUUCCGGGCAGAGGCAGCUCGUACAUCUACGACUCGGACGCCGUCGACGCUCUCCUUGCAGCAUCCUCUGACGCCGGUGACUCUUACAUCUACGAGUACGGCUACUACACAUCGGGCGAUGGCACGCCGCACCUCCCGCACGGCUCGUCCUCGUCGCCCGCGCCUGAAGUUCACUUUGCCCCAGAGACCCGCAUGACCGCCGCCUCGUCGUCGUCGGGCCAUGCCUCGCCGCUCGGCUCACACGCCUCGUCGUGGUCAUCGGACUCGCAUGUCACCACAAAGGUCCUCCAAGCUGGCUCGACAGGCGUGCCGGCCAUCACCACCUCUGCUGUCCGUGUCGAGUCUGACCCGCCGUCCCGCUUGGGAGAGCCCAACGUGCCCAUGUACGGCCACGGCGACGACCACCUGCUCAACAUGGACAAGCCGGCCCACGCCCCGGUCAAUCCCGUUCGCCGCGCCGCGGCCUCAGACCUCGUCAUCGACUCGGCAAAAACCUCCAUGUACAUCCUCGGUGGUACCUACUCGUACUCGGGAGCCUCGGCUGACCUUCCACAUCCCGAACACAAGCUCGAGCCGUCCAUGUCCAUCUCGGAUGAGUUUGACUUGGUCUUCGACGACGCAGACCGUUAA